AUGACACUCUUCAAUCCCACUUCGAUCCUCGUGGGAUUUCUCCUGCUGUACCUCUCGUCCUUUUUCAUAUUCGCUAUCGUCCGGAUCGCGACGGGAAUCUCCAUUCAACGGAUCGGCUACUUCUCGCUGCGCCGGAUCGCAUACGCCCCGAAGGAAGGCCUGCAUAUUGAGAUCCGUGGCCUCGGUUUCUCCCUACACCCUCCAUCAUUCGCCCAGCCAACAUGGAUCAGCAUUCGGUUGACGGAGUUGAAGGUUACCGUGGACUCAACGACGCUGGGGCAUGGCAAACGCGAACAGUCCGACGGAGCCCCAGAAUCGCCCAAGCCCGCUCGCACAUCCGAAGAACACACUGCGCCCGAGCCUGGAAGAAGCAAAACAUGGAAGACAUUGACUCGGAUGAAGGAACAACUCAAGAGGCUCCACCGUCAGAUCAAUUGGUUAGCCUUAGUCGACGUGACCGCCAUCAAUACCGCCGUCCAUUUUGUCAACGCCGGACAGAUCCAAGUCGGAUCACUUUCCCUGUCCGUUGACACUCGAAGCAAGAUGGUGGAGCGAGGAAAGCUGUUUCGUCGCAAGAAGGACAUGUCACAGGACCAGCGGCCGGCGGAAUGGAUUAUGAACGUUCAGAAUGUCUUGCUGAAUGUCGAUGGCCGAGAACCAACUGAAAUACUCGACAAUGUCGGUGUGAACCUGCAUGGGCUUCUUCACAAGGAUCUGGAUGGCCUCAGAGACGCUUCGGUGGCCCUCAAGAUUGGGCGGAUGCACAUUGCGUACGACGACAUCCGCCUCAUGUUGCAGCGUAUGAGGCCAGAUCAGAAGUCUAGCAAAGGACCAGCGAGUACCGAAGCUGAUGACAAGGCAUCGUUUGCCGACUUUGUGGAAGAGCUCGAUAAGCCUGGGAGCAGGGACGAUGGUCUUGUUCAAACAGUGGCUGACUCGAAGGAGUUUGCGAGCUCUUUACUCCGUGGUAUCCAGGAAAUCCAGAUUGCUCUCAGUUUCUUCCGUGUCUCACAGAGUAUGCAAUCUCUAUCGGCCGGACAAACUCCUGUAUACCUCAAUGUGGUCUCGCACGAGCUUGGUAUCGAUCUCCACCGCAUGGACCAGAAGAGCCCAGAACAUCGCAUGUACUUCCAGCGAAAUGAUAUUGCUCACCAGGCUCUACUUGCUGCCAUCUCUCUUUCGGUCAGCCUGGACGACGAGUCAGGCGAAACAGACAACAUCUUGUAUGUGCCCAUGGCCACGACAACCAUAAAAACGACACUGCCAUCUAAAACAGUGAGCGCAUUUGAUGAUGAAAACGCCGAAGAGCGAAACACCAAUGUUCUAUUCGCAAAUCUGGUCGUUACCUCGCCCUCAGUCGAUCUCCUUCCGCAGCACGUUUCUAGGCUUCUCAAACUAGCGCAGGCCCGGGCGUCAUCUCCACGAGGGAAGAAGCAAGACAGUCAUCAUCUGAUCUCACGGUUGCUUCCAAAGGCCAGCAUCAAAUUGUCGGUUCACGAACCUGUUGUCCGGUUCGUUCUUCCAAUCGAAAAAGAAUCCGGGCCUCCCGAUGAAUACAAUCUUCUUAUCUCCUCCAUAUCUUCCAUCUCGAUGGAUAUUGAAUCUUCUCAUUCUUCUGAGGGCGGCGCACACUACUCUCUUUCUUCUGUCUACCGAGUGGCCUCUCACAAGUUCUAUUAUCAGACACCUGCGGGCGACAAACAUAAUUUGUUGACAACCGAAAGUUUGGAAUUGAAGGCUCAUCUGAACGCUACCCCGGAAGUCUGUGUCAUUGCCUCAGGAAGUAUCAACGAGUGUUCAGUCCACAUGAUCAACGGGGAGGUCAAUCGUGGAAUUCGAGAGGUUUUGCAGCAGUUCAUCAUGCAGAUGCAAUCAUCCAAGCGAACGGCAAUGCCAGGAAUCGAACGCAAGCCAAGUAUUUUGAGACGAGUUCCUCGAUGGUUGAUUCAAUUCCAAUUUGAAGCCACUGGAACUAGCGUGGAAAUUGCUGGCGUGGAUAAUACUGUCUCCGAUAUCUCACGCGGUGUCUCUCUACAACUUCAAUCCUGGACAGCAGAAUACAAGGCCCAAAAGACGGAAACAAAUGUUGGAAGCAUCGCCAGACGACGCACUCCCAGCCAUUCUACCAUCGGCGACGAAUCGCCCUUUCGUUUCCCCCCAACUUCUCCUCCCAAGGCCACACACAAUCAACGAGGCGCUACAGAUGGAAGGCGUUUGGCACUUCAUGCACGUGGUUUCGACUGCUUCGUCAUUGAGUCGGAAGAUUACCUUGAGCCUGAGCCAUUCUUUUCCUUGCCUCGAUUCGAGGUUGCGUUGAGCACCAACAGUGAUCGUAUGGGCCCGCUCGUACACAUUACGUCUGUGUUCAAGGGAAUAUACCUGCAAUACUCGUUGUAUCGGUUCUACUGUCUUGGUGUCGCAAUUUCGGUUGUUCAGGAUGUCUUAACUCCAUUGCCGGAAAAAUUCCCAGAGUCUGCGCAGGAGAAGUCAAGGAAAGCUCCCAGCGUGUCUAUGCCGCCUCCCCCGGCUCAUAAAUGGUCACCAAAGAAAGAGCUAGUCACUUAUGACCUCAAGGCAACAGUGUUCCAGCUCAAAGCGAACUUGCCCAAUGACCCUCAAAUAAUGAUUCAAGUCUAUGGCCUCGGGGCUGCCUCUCAGCGCCUUUCUACUCCCUAUGUGAAAGCCAAUCUGGUUCGCAUGCACGCCGAGGCGCCUAAACUCAAGGGAGUUUGGGCUCGAAUUGGAAGCAUGAACAAUGUCAGAUUGAACUUCCGAUCCAUGAAAAAGAAGCAAGGGAACGCUUUGAUUGAUGAAAAAUCCAUCGACAUACGCACAGACUUCAUUCGAGUUGGUAUCCCUCACCAUAUGGUGAUGCAUCGCAUCUUCGACAACUUAAUCAACACCUCCAAGGCGUUUAAACAACUGAGCCAUCGUUUCAAGAAUAGAUGCCGGGAGUUCAACUCGAAGAGAGAGCAAGAAGGCAUGAAGAAGGUGCCAAGAAUAUCCGUUCGCAGCAAAGCCCUUCUGUUUGAGCUUGAAGACGAUGGAUUCGAGUGGAAGCUUGGCUGCAUCUAUCGGGUUGGUUUGAUUGAGCAGGCUCAGCGACUGGCCCGGGAGGAUGUCUUCGACUUGAAAUCCCACAAGGUCAAGGAAACAGACCAGCGACGUGCUACGUCCCGACUACGAGCCAAAUCAAGCCACCGAACAUUGCGCAGUGAGCGUACUAGUCAAGACACAAGACGAAGCCGAAGUGCCGAUGAAAGGGAGAAGCCGAGUACCCAGGAACGCGGAAGAGGCCGUAAAUACCGCUAUAACACGGACGGUGCGACCUGCCUUUCAUCCGAGCAAAAGAUUUCAGCAGACGCUGCCUGGAACCGUCUCCAGCAGUACAAUGCCCAAGUGUGGAAAGAGAAGAUCGAUGCGGCACUCAAGUUCCAGGGCACUUCUAUUAAGGAAGUAAGAGAAUUAUUCUCUGGCGCAGAUGAGCCCCCUGCCGAUGUGAAGGAGACAGAGACCAUUCUUGCAAUCCCUAACAGGCCGGGUUUGAUGUCAGCUCUGAUCAGUGAUGUCAAUCUUGUCAUUGACAAGCCCUCAUUUGACGUUGCCGAACUUCCCAACUACCUGAACAGAAUUGGCAAGGGAAUGCCGAUCGACAUGGAAUACGGGCUACUUCUCCCAAUGAGUUUCAACCUUGAAAUGGGUGAAGCGCGCGUGAACCUGAGAGACUACCCUCUGGAUUUGUUGCAUAUCCCAGCUCUGCGUCCGGGCCAAUCCCCAAGGCUGCCCAGUUGGUCUCUGCGGACAAACUUCGUCAUCGCCGAAGAAUGGCGGGACAAUGAAUCUGCUAGGCAGGUCGAAGUUGAACUUGUUCCCGCGGCCGAAGGCCCAGAUGGCUUACCUCGUGAACCGUACAACAUUCCCGUUUGGCGAUCUGUCACCCCAGUCAAGACCUACUCUGACCCAGUCAUUGAGAUCAACACCAGUUUGCCAACCAGCAUAUCAUGGGGUGUUUCAUACCAACCAGUCAUUCAAGACAUGAUGAAGAUCAUCGAAGGCUUCACCAAACCUGAAAUUGACCCGUCUGAACGUGUUGGCUUCUGGGACAAGAUCCGAUUGAGCUUCCAUUCCCGAAUCAAAGUCCUCUGGAAAGAAGAUGGCGACGUUCAUCUGCGCCUCAAGGGCUCUCGUGACCCAUACGUAGUGACUGGCUUUGGUAGCGGAUUUGUCAUGUGCUGGCGCAGAGAUGUCAAAUGGGAAAUUCAUACCAGUGACAACCCUAUGGAGUUCAUGAGCGUUACAAGUGGGGAGUACGUGCUCGCUAUUCCUGACUACAGCGCAGAAGCAAGAUGGGCAAAUGAAGCCACCACCGAGGAACUGGAAAACAGUUCGACUUCAAGCGAGCAGAAGAACGCCGCUCACUUCAAAAAGGUUAUCAUGAAGUUGUCUGGCGAUGUCAAGUGGGCAGCGGGAUUGGUCUUCGAGCGCGAUAUCGACAACGACGCCCGGUCCUUCUCUUUCAAGCCUCACCACGAGGUCAUUCUGAAAAAUCCCAAAUUUGUUGACCCAGCUGAGCGCGCCAACUACGAUGCUUAUCGAGGGUUCCGCAGUGACCACAUUCACCUCUCUGUUUCAAUCAUUGCACCACAGGGCAGAAACUGGUCUGCUGAUAGCGUUCAACCAUCUUCGAGCUACAACACGGUUCAUCUCACACCUCGCUUCUUUACCCAUUUCUUCAACUGGUGGUCUCUCUUCUCGGGCGUGAUGUCGCUUCCUGUUCGCCAAGGACCCCUCUGGCCAGGUGUCACCAAAACCAGUAAAAAGUUCAACCGGCACUUGGCGACUGUCAAAUACAAAAUCCUCCUUGCCCCCCUCUUCAUCGCCCACAUCUACAAACACAAAGACCGCGAAGACUACGCAGAAAAUUGCGUCACGGCAACAGGUAUCAAAGUUCGCUUGGAUUGCUUGAAGCUUGAUAUCCAUCAGCGCCGAGAGCAAAUCAAGACACAAGCACGGGGCCGCUCAAAGCAAACUAGAACGAGUGCGAUGCGCAUCAAUCAAGCUCAGAUUGAUAUGCAAUCUGCUGACUUCCGCGCUGUCUCUGCCAGCAUCGAAGGCACAAGCGCGGAAGACAUUGAACGUGCCAAGGACGACAUAAUCUCUUCCUUCCAGCAACCUGUGCCGUCCGUGGACUUGUCUCGAUUCACUAUUCCUGAUCAUAACUUGGACUGGGUUGAUAUGGAUGACUUUGUGGAGCCGGACUGGAUCCUUCCACAAGAGUCUAACCCUCGAACCCAAAUCCUGCCUCUUGCUUUCACGCCACGCUUUACCUAUUUCCGCAACACGGAUCAUUGUGAUGUGGGGCCUGACGAAACAGGCUACAGUAGCUUUGGCGAUGAGCCCACUCACGAGUGUGUCAUGUCCGAAACGAACGAUCCUCGCCGUGUACAGAUUGAAUUAGUGAAAGACCGCCUUGCGACGGUUGAGGCUCAAAUUCGCAAUUAUGACCGUACCAUUGGGGAACAAGAGCUCAAGCUUACGAGAGAGGUUAAUCCUGAGGCGGAACUAAAGGCCGAGCACGAGGUCUUCCUUCGACAGUCUGAGUCGCUUACCAGACGGCAAAACUUCUUGACUAAUACCCUCAAUCGCCUCGAGAAACACGUCAACCGGGACGAGCGAACUGCAUACGGCAGUACUCUUGGCAGCAACGUGACACCCAGUGCGUCUAUCCGGACAGGCCGAACAGGUCGAGAUGCCGACUCCACAACGGACGGCCGAUCCUCAGGCCUGGGUGGGAUCUAUUCUUCGGGCAACGAUGAGUACGAGAGUGAUUUCAACAACCGUUUCAUGAUCCACAACGUGCAACUCAAGUGGAAUAACUCCCUCCGAAACAUCAUUCUUCGAUACAGCCAUCAAGUCAGUCAGCGGCGUGGAUUUGUAUACUACAUGUCCCGCCGAGCCGUCAAGUUCAUUCUUGACAUCGUGGAAGAGCAAGAUAAGAAUAAACGCAAGCAACCUAAGAUGUCCAAGACACAGACUCACACCUCGAACAAUGAUGAUGAGGACGUUGAGGAUCGCAUUGAGCAAUUGCUUAACGAUGCCAAGCGCUAUGUCAAUGUCGAAGAAAACGACCCACCUGAUUCGAACACGCAGUCGCCUUCUUCGUCGGACAACUCAAGCGAGAACAUUGCGCCAGAAUUCACGCCUCAGAACAGUUACCACUUGCGCCUCAUUGCUCCCCAAAUUCAACUUCUCAGCGAGAAGAAUCGAAAGUCGGUUUUGCUUGUUGCAGCUAAGGGCAUGGAGCUCAAGGUUGUUUCUAUCAUGGACAAAGCCCGCGUUUCAGACGAUGUAAGUGGCUUGGUACAACGUCGUUUCUCUCUUGAGAUGGACGGUGCCCAGUUCUUCGUCGCUACACAGAAGAACCUGAUGGCAAACUUGCAAUUCUAUGCUGGGAACAAGUACGGCAAUGCGCCAGGAUCAGCUUGGCCGCCAUGGUUGACUUUGGAAGCCAUGUUCGAUUUUGAACUGAAUCCUUUUGGAUUCUCUCGCAUCAUCCAGAAAACUUCAGCCAGCUUACGCUACGACAAAUACAACAAUCUCCGCCUCAAGUAUAAUGAGGAAGUGGUCAAGGGUCAAGGGCCGCACCCCGAAGACCAAGAAGAUCGCAUGGACUCAAUCAGUGUUGACUUCCCUCACUUCCGCGCGAUAUGUGACUCAGCAGAGUACUACUCGAUGUACAUCAUUGUUCUGGAUUUGAUGCUCUACAGCGAACCGCUCGAGAAGGUUCGCAAUGAGCGUCUGGAGAGGAUCAUGCUCACUUCCGACUUCAGUGAUCUACGUGGCGCCCCAGAGAUGGUGUUUAAGCUUCAAGCUCGAAUUCGCCAAUUAGAAGAGAUCAAAGAAUACUUCCAGAUCAAUGCGAAAUUCCUGGACAAACAAGGAUGGGAAGAUCGUUUAGCUCUCGAACGCGACUUGUCUCAAUGCGAGGAUGAAUUGUUCUUUAUGAUGAAGGCCAUCACCACCUCCCAAAGACGAACGGAGCCUAGCUCGUCCAGAGCUGAUGGUGUCAACGGUGUGCUUCGCUGGAGCAUUUCAGCCAGUGAGGUCGUGUGGCAUUUGAUGAAGGACGCUGAUAACCCCUUGAUCGAGUUCCAGCUUCGGAAUGCAUCAUACGAAAGAACCGACAACACCGAUGGAUCUAACCACAACUUGGUCUCGGUUGAGCGACUUUUCGGACUGAACUUGCUUCCAGAUGCUAUUUAUCCCCAGAUUAUCGCGCCCUAUCUCGAUGGAGCACGUACUCUGGAUGACUUCAUGCUACGCAUCAAAUGGCACAUGCUCGAGGCUGUCGCGGGUAUCCCUGUGCUGGACAACUUCGAAAUCACUUUGUUCCCACUAAAGAUUCAACUCGAACGCGAGCUUGGACAGAGAGUCUUUGAAUACAUCUUCCCUAAUGUGGGAUCCAACGCGUUUGAGGCCGGCGGCUUCUCGCCCUUCAUGAUCAAGAACAUGAAGCCUCUCGAUGAAUCAGAUGAAUCAGACGAGGAUGAAGGUCCCAUUGGAAUGCCGUUGACGCGCUCGACAAGCAUCGACGGUGACAGCUCUUCCAUGGACAGUUUGGCCAUAUCGAAGGGCCCUGGAUCCAUUGAGCUACGACUCCAGCCUACGCUUUCGCUUGCAGAUGAUGCCAAACCGCGUAAUCGCUCAUCUAACCUGAAGGGUCUAGCGAUGACACCAAUUCACCAAGACAACAACAGACUUGGAGUAUCGGAGACCGCACGCCAGACUGGUCGUCCUGCUACUACCGGAGGUCUCAGCAAAAAGAAGUCUGCCGACAGUAUUCGCAUGUUGACCAAGCAGCCGACUGAGAGAUCACUCUCUAGCCACAGCGCUGGCGAAGAAAGUCGCAAGAAGUUCGGGAUGGGCAAGGGAUCAAACAAGGAUGCCAAGUCCAAGGAGCCAACUGACGACCUGUCUCAAAUGAUUUCUCGCGCCUCCAACUACAUGACUCUGGCUCACGUCAAGGUGAAUGACGUGGUUCUUUGUAUGAGCUACAAGGGCAAGGGCGAACACAAUCUCGAGGAUCUGCACGACUUUGUUUUCCGUCUUCCAGUCCUAGAGUACGGUAACAAAACAUGGUCUAACCUGGAUCUGGCCCUCCGUCUCAAGAAGGACGUGAUCAAGGCCCUUAUCUCGCACGCCCCAGCUAUCCUCGGCAACAAGUUCUCACAUCACCGACCAUCCAAGCAACAACAAAAACGGUAUCGCGAGCUUGCGUCCUCUUCUCAGCUUCUGCCUAGUGCAUCCAGCACGCUGGAUCCAAACAAGAGCCAAGCCCAGAGUCUGGCCAGCUAUGACUCUAACAGUGAUUACUCCGAGUCACGAUCACGCAAGUCCAUGCAAUCAAAUGCGUCACCUCUGGCUAGAUCAACCUCGUUGAAUUCGGAAGCCCAUGGCACAAAUGGCCUAGAUCCCAACAUUUACGACUCUCGGUCUGCUAAUGAAGUUGAUGUGGAUUCCCGCUGGGAGGCAUCACGCCGAUUCGUCAACCCGCCUCCCCCUGAGAGACCAAUGACCUCUGGCAAUAUCCGCGCCCCGAGUGAAGCUAGCAAGAAUGAUCAUGAUGAGAGCCACAUCAAAACCAUUCGCAGCAUCGGCCGAAAGCUCACUUUCCGCAAAUAA